CCCCCCCCCCCCCGCCCCAAUAUUUUCUUAAUGUUUUUGUAUCGUGGUCUCCUAUGUCCCGAGAUUUGCUACUACUCGGUAAAACACUUCACCGGCAAUAUACAACUUUUGCUUUUUCAGCUCAGGUCACUUCAGUCACGUCGCUUAAAUCUUUAAAAUAUGGAUGUACACGAAUUGAUACUUAUAUUUCGUUUUGUCAAAUCAACGAGGCCAAUAUUUAGAAAGAUCUUGUUAAAAGUAUUCUUAUCAAAAAUAUCCUUCAUAUUACUAUUCAAAAUUUCCAAAUUUAGACAAUCUCUGAUUGUUCGCAUCUAGCUCAAUAAAAAAAAACAGGUAUGAAUCUCUCGUAAAGUUUAGACUUGUGCGAAAUUCAUAUGUUUGGCCGCAGAUUAGUAGUUUAUAUUGUAUUAGUACUGAUUUCUGAGUUAGUGUGCUAUCAGGGGAUAAUCUUUCCCGCACUUAAUGCAAUAAGAAUCAAGAGAUUGACUCCACUUUUCCUACUCCCAUCAACCAAUCAAUCUCCACAAAUCAAGUCAUGUUUUUGUCGUGUUGUCUGCAUAUAUAUGGUCACUCUGACAAUUUGUCAGCUCAUCAUAAAAAAACUCAGAUGUAAUGAAUAUCAAUUUGAUGAAUGAAAAAUGAAUGAGUUGAGCAUUAAGUAAAAACACUUUCUUUCUUUAUGGUUGUUUUAUUUCCAAUUUUUUUUCAGAUUCUCUCAGAUUUUUCUUCGUAUAAUAUUGGUUUAAGUCUUGUUGUAUACUGUCCUCUUAACCACUUGGCGUCAUCGACGUACAUUUUAGGUUAGGGUCUUCUCGGAUUACUACAAUAUCAAGAGAGCCCUUACGGAUUUGAGACUAGAUUAUACCUUAAUAAGGUUCCUUCUUUGAGCCUUCGGCAAAACUCCCUUCUCCAUUUACUGAGAGCAUGGAAUACGGACAAGUUACUCUAUUAUCAGAAACAUUGUAAAAGCUGUCUUCAAGGUGUAACCGAAAUAGAGAUUUGAAUAACAGAGACAUUUCACGACAAAUCAGAGAAAUCCCCUAGGGGUGCUUUGGGUUUAUUUAGGAAUUUUUUUUUACAAAAAAGGGUGCUUCAAUUUCUUUAUAAAAGAGCUUAAGGCUCGUCUUAGAGGCUUUGAAAAGGCAAAGAAAAACAGCAAAGGGAUGGUGGACUAAGAUGAAUUAAAAAGAAGGAAGAGAAGCAAAAGCAAGUUGCCUAAGGGUUUGAAGGUGCAAAGUGAAAGGGAAGACUCGAGGUAUCAGAAAAAAAAUUCUGAAAAGAGACAUUUUGAAAAUGGAUUGUUACAAGUGGUGCACCAUUGUUGUUAUUUGUGUCACAUUGAAGUUAAUUUCUGCUGAAAGACAUGAAGAAGAGAGGCAUGGUCAUGCUGUUAGAUGGCACGACGGGAAGAUUUACGCCUUUAUCGCAAACGGAAGCGAGUGGAAGGCGAACCGGAAGUACUGCCUCGCGCACAACGGUGACUUGGUUUCCAUAGAAACAGAGAAAAAGUGGCAAUUUAUACGAGAUGAAAUCCAGAAUCUGACGAACCCAUUUAACAAUGAGUGGCAUAUAGGCCUCGUCAAUAACGGCAACAGGUUCAGUCGUGACACAUGGACCUGGGUAAGCGGAUCACCGCUGACCAUAGACCACUGGCAGCCUUAUCAGCCUUCUGGUGACGGACUGUGUGCAAACAUCGCUAAGAUUUACCUCGGUAGCCAGGGCGGGCUUAACGACUUGAACUGUCUUGGGAGAUACAGUCCGAGAGGAUUUAUCUGUGAGUUUGGCCUGAAGAGGAAAGAUAUCACAGAUGAUGGACCAGUGUUCUUCGAAGAAUGGGAAAAUAUCAAAGGAAAAGAGAUCAAAGAUCUUACAGAGAGUGAUCGCUAUCCCGACAAGGCGAACAAAAGUGGCCACCAGACACAUCUCGGUCUAGAGAAAGAAUACUUCGCAAAAAGACAUGAAAUGGGAAUGCGCAUGCGCACGUAUCUGAUGGCACCGCUGACCGGGAAGUAUUUUUUCUACACGGCUUGCGAUGACACAUGUAGGCUGUUCCUUAGCUCCGAUGACAGCCCGGCAAACAAGCAAGUGAUUGUCAAUCAAGAAAGCUAUACCGCUAUCAAUAGCAUGGCAUGGAGGUCGCCCCCUCAAGAGCUUGUGGCUGGCAGCUUGUAUUACAUGGAGCUUCUCUACAAAGAAAGUGAUGGGGAAAACUAUGCAAACGUGUCUAUGGAAAGGCCGGAUGGGAAGUUCGAGUCACCAAUAGGAGAGGAACACUUACGAAGGAAUGCUCAUAGAACAGAUCGCGGUCUCGUAUUUUACGAAGAGUGGUCUGGUGAAGGGUCCCAGAUUUCGAACCUCACAAGAGACAAGAACUACCCAAUGAACGCUACGGUUAACGGUCACGUGACAACAAUGCAGAUUAAAAAUGAGCCAUUCUCUAUGAGACGUCAAUAUGGCGUGCGCAUGCGCGCGUACUUUCUUGCACCGCUGACCGGAAGUUAUACCUUUUACACGACCUGUGAUGACUCUUGCCAAUUAUUCCUGAGCACCGAUGUUAACCCGAAAACAAAACGGAUGAUAAUCGAUCAGCCUGAAAAAGCUUCUGUUAACAGCAGGAAACGGAGUUCGCAGGCUCAAACUCUUGUUGAAGGCAAGCUGUAUUAUAUGGAGCUCCUGUUUAAGGCAGGCGAUGAUGAUAAUCACGCAGAGGUCAGCGUGCUAAGACCUGAUGGCAAGCGCGAAGAGCCUCUAAGUGAAGGAAACUUCAGACUACACGCGCGUGGUCUAGAUUUACCGGGCAAAGACUGUGUCACUGAAGGGGACGAGAACUUUCCUAACUAUGUCAAUUGCAAGAGGUUCACACAGACUGAAAAGUUGGAGGUCGUGAGGAGUGCUCUUCAAGAACUGCAAUGGAAAUUGAAAAACACAAGUAACCCAUCCGAAACGGAACUCAAGGAAACAAUGAAGACCGCUGGCCGGAAAAUCACAUUUCUCCUUGAAGACCCUCGGGACGACCCGGGCAUCCCGCAGGAUCCAGCCAAUAGCAACCUAGGAUGGGAAGUGACACGAGAGGUAGAAGAGCUAGGAGGCCUGGUGGCGGAGGUAGCAAACAUCUCCAGUCCACUCUCAGUAGAGUACCCAAGCGUCAUUUUACAGAUCAAAGAGCUCGAUGAAGACUUCACCUUCCCGGACCCAUCUCAAAAACCUUCGUUCUCCUCCGGUGACGAAAUCAGGAUCAAGCAAGCAUCAAAAUCAGGAAAAAUUGUUGUGUUCAGUGCAUUGUACAAGAACUUGGAGAGUAUCUUACAGCGAAAUAUCUCAAGCAUUGACGGGGAUGGCGACGAUGCUAAGUCAAGGUACUUCCUGAAUAGUCGUAUCAUCACAAGCUUCAUGGUGCCACACCCACCCCGCAUGGAUAGGGGAGGGGUAAACAUAAGACUGGAUCACACACAGUUUAAGGGGAGCAGCCAUAAAGCCGCAAUGAUGUGCGCGUUCUGGAAUUUUUCUUCACAUGGAGCCAAUAAUUCCAUGGGCUCGUGGUCCUCGCAUGGCUGUCGCGUGGAUCAAGACUCCUCUGAUGCUAACAAGACCGCCUGCCUGUGCGAUCAUCUCACGCACUUUGCAGUACUGAUGAAAGUCACCGCUGAUCCAGAGCCGCUACCUGAAGGCCACACACGAGCUCUUCAGUCCAUCACGUACAUCGGCUGCGCCAUGUCGCUGAUUGGUGAGAUGCUGACCGUACUCGCAAUUACGGGUUUGAGAUUAACUCGGUCAGAGACGAACAUCAUUCACCUUCACCUCGUCAUCGCUCUUGCUUUGUCCCAGCUCUUUUUUCUGGCGGGAAUCGGCGCAACCUCAAAUAAGGGCCUGUGCAAGUUCAUUGCCGUAGCGCUACACUUCUUUAACCUCGUGGCGUUUUGUUGGAUGCUGGUCGAGGGGGUCUGGCUCUACUUCAUGGUCGUGCGAGUCUUUGAUACCGGUUAUAACCGGAUCAAGCGAUACAUCAUUGCCGCGUGGACUCUUCCAGUUGUGAUUGUCAUAGUUACCCUCGCGUCUAGUUUUGAUGGAUAUGGAACGGAACACAGCUGCUGGCUGUCGGUAGAGAGAGGCACUAUUUGGGGAUUUGUCAUCCCUGUACUGAUUAUCGUACUGACUAACGGAACUAUCCUGGGCAUGGUGGUCCGUGAGAUCCUACAGCUCCACACACCGGCAAACGCUGAUGAUAACAAGCUCAGCACUGUCAGGUCGGGUGUGAAGUCAGCCAUGGUUCUGCUGCCGAUACUCGGAGUCACGUGGGUUUUCGGAGUGCUUGCCGUAAAUAGCUACACGCUUGUGUUCCAGUAUCUCUUCGCUAUCUUUAACUCGAUGCAGGGAUUCUUCAUUUUUGUGUUUCAUUGUCUUCUGAAUUCAGAGGUGCGCAAGGCGUUUUACAGAAAGAAGCAGAUCUGGUCUGAGAGCCACUUGUUCCACAGCAACUCCCAGUCUCCCCCGCACAAGUACGAUAGCGAGGCGUGCAAGGAGUCCCAGUCUACCAGUAUGGAAAAGAGACCACACUCGUCGACCUCAACCUCUAAGAUAGUUCUCAAAUAAAAAGAAACACCACAUCCCACCACGAGACCAUCUAACACUCCAUCCAUCCUUUUAACGCCCACACUGCAAGCGAUGACAGAAAAAGCAAAAAAAAAAAGUAAAUGGCCUUAAAUAAAACAUGCUUCACAGCGGCGUAGCCAGGAUUUCUAACAAGAGGGGGCCCAAAAGGCCCUUCAAGGCAUUGGCUCCUGUGUUUUAGAUAAUGUCUGAUACGUUUACUGUUUGUUUGAGUGCUAGAUGGGGGUAUGGGCCACCUCCUUGGUACGCCACUGCUGCAAUUUGCUCUACUUUGUAUUGGCAGAAAAGCUAUUCAUCAUCAUCUUUUGAAAGAAAGCCAAGUGCUUCUAAAUUUAUUUGUAUUUCAACUGCAAUUUUCGAUAUUUUGCAAACUCUCGCUGCCCAUUUUAAACUGCUCAAUGGCCUUCUAAUUUUAUUCUUUCAAAUGUCAGAAAGCGGUUUUGAGUAGCUGGAAAUUAUAGACUAUAGCUCGCAGAAUACUGAAAAUCACAAAAACAUUUGCAUAUAUCUAUAUUAUAGAGUAGACAAAACAAGAGACAAGAAGUGUACAACCGACAUCAUUGAGGGUCGAUCACUCGUAGGCAGGUGUUUUUAGAAAAAUAAUCGACACCCAUGCAAGCGUCUAGUGCACAGCGAACCUGCUAAAAACGGACAACCUUAAGACCAUACAAGUACCUGUAAUAAAAAGGGACCUAUACGUAACAGGCAUCCUGGGGAAUGAGGUAACAUUGUAGGCCGAUGGGACGUCCAAGUUUAUGUCUGCUGUACAGUAAAACCUGUAUAUAACGGACAACCUUAAGACCUGAACAAAUGUCUGUUGUACAUUCAAGCCUUUUUAUGACGGACACUUCCGGACUCAAACAAGUGUCUGUUGUGCAUUAAAACCUGCGUAUAAGUGACACACUCGGGACCCAAGCAAGUGUCUGUUACAGUAAAACCCGUGUAUAACGGACACCCUCGGGCUACAAACAAGUGUCUGUUGUACAGUAAAACCUCUGUUUAACGGGCACACUCGGGACCAAACAAGUGUCUAUUGUAGAGUAAAACCUCUGUAUAAUGGACACACUAGGGACCGAGCGAGUGUUUGUUGUAAAGGUAAACCUGUGUAUAACUGACGCCCUCGCGACCCAACCAAGUAGCUGUUGUACAGUAAAACCUGUGUAUUACGGACACCGAUGGAACCCAACCAAGUGUCUGUUGUACAGUAAAACCUGUGUAUAACGGACACCAAUGGGACCCAACCAAGCGUCUGCUGUACAGUAAAACCUGUAUAUAACGGACACCAAUGGGACCCAACCAAGUGUCUGUUGUAAAGUAAAACCUGUGUAUAACGGACACCAAUGGGACCAAAGCAAGUGUCUGUUGUAAAGUAAAACCUGCGUAUAACGGACACCAAUGGGACCAAAGCAAGUGUCUGUUGUACAGUAAAACCUGUAUAUAACGGACACCAAUGGACCCAACCAAGUGUCUGUUGUAAAGUAAAACCUGUGUAUAACGGACACCAAUGGGACCAAAGCAAGUGUCUGUUGUACAGUAAAACCUGUGUAUAACGGGCACACUCGGGACCAAGCAAGUGUCUGUUAUACAGUAAAACCUGUGUAUAACGGACAUCCUUAGGACACAAGCAAGUGUCUGAGUCAUGUGCACAAAAGACACUAAGAUCCAAUCAAUAAUCUUUUGAACGGUGUGGAGGCUGUAUGUAACACAUUGAUUAAUGGUAAAGAAAAUUUGUAGAUUGCUAUGACCUGUUAUGAAGACGUUAAAAAUAAUAUUAUAUACACAAAAUUGAUGAAUAUCUUAUUGACAAGACGUUUAUAUACAGCAUCCAGAAAACAUUAUUAAAAUACCUUGUAAAGCACAGUGCAAAUUGCUGUAUUCAUGAAUAAUCUCGGGGAACAAAACA